CCGCGCUCGGUCCGGUCGCUCCCUCCGCUCUGGGGCCCGCCCGCGGGGCCGGCCGCCUGUCAGAGGGAGGUGGCGAUGGUGCGCCCGGUGGCGGCGGCGGUUGCGGAGGCUUCCUUGGUCGGAUUGCAGCGAGGAGAAGAUGACGGACCAACCGACUGGCUGAAUGAAUGAAUGGCGGAGCCGAGCGCGCCAUGAGGAGCCUGCCGAGCCUGGGCGGCCUCGCCCUGUUGUGCUGCGCCGCCGCCGCGGCUGCCGCCGCCUCAGCCGCCUCGGCGGGGAAUGUCACCGGUGGCGGCGGGGCCGCGGGGCAGGUGGACGCGUCGCCGGGCCGCGGGCUGCGGGGAGAGCCCAGCCACCCUUUCCCUAGGGCGACGGCUCCCACGACCCAGGCCCCGAGGACCGGGCCCCCGCGCGCCACUGUCCACCGACCCCUGGCUGCGACUUCUCCAGCCCGGCCUCCGGAGACCACCCCUCCUCGGGCGACGGCCGGACCCGCUCCCACCACCUUUCAGACGCCGCUCGGCCCCUCGCCGACCACCCCUCUGGCGGCGGAACGCACUUCGACCACCUCUCAGGUGCGGACCAGAUCCGCGCCAACCACCCUUUCGUCGACCACUGGCCUGGCGCCGACCUCCCCGGUAGCGAUCACCGUCCCGGCGCCCAGCACUCCCCGGACCCCGACCCCCGUUCUCCCCGGCAGCAGCAGCAGCAGCAGCAGCAGCAGCAUCCCCACCCCACCUGCCACCGAGGCCCCCUCUUCGCCUCCUCCAGAAUAUGUAUGUAACUGCUCUGUGGUUGGAAGCCUGGAUGUGAAUCGCUGCAACCAGACCACAGGGCAGUGUGAGUGUCAGCCAGGUUAUCAGGGACUUCACUGUGAAACCUGCAAAGAGGGCUUUUACCCAAAUUACACUUCUGGACUUUGUCAGCCAUGUGACUGUAGUCCACAUGGAGCUCUCAGCAUACUGUGCAACAGUUCUGGGAAAUGCCAGUGCAAAGUGGGUGUCAUUGGCUCUACAUGUGACCGAUGCCAAGAUGGUUAUUAUGGCUUUAGUAAGAAUGGCUGCUUGCCCUGCCAAUGCAAUAAUCGGUCUGCCAGUUGUGAUGCCCUCACAGGUGCUUGUUUAAACUGCCAGGAAAAUAGCAAAGGAAAUCACUGUGAAGAAUGUAAAGAAGGAUUUUAUCAGAGUCCUGAUGCCACUAAAGAAUGUCUUCGCUGCCCUUGUUCAGCAGUGACAUCUACAGUCAGUUGCUCAAUAAAGUCCAAUGAAUCGGAACCUGAAUGUGACCAGUGUAAAGAUGGUUACAUAGGCCCGAACUGCAAUACAUGUGAAAAUGGCUAUUACAAUUUUGACAGCAUCUGUAGAAAGUGCCAAUGUCAUGGCCACGUGGACCCAGUUAAAACUCCAAAGAUUUGCAAGCCCGAGAGUGGUGAGUGCAUCAACUGCCUCCAUAACACCACUGGGUUUUGGUGUGAGAACUGCCUAGAAGGUUAUGUUCAAGACCUCGAGGGAAAUUGCAUCAAGAAAGAAGUUAUUGUUCCAACACCUGAAGGUUCUACCAUUUUGGUUUCCAAUGCCUCUUUGACCACAUCAGUGCCCACCCCUGUCAUAAAUAGUACUUUUACCCCUACAACCCUGCAGACUAUCUUUUCAGUAAGCACUUCUGAAAACAGCACUUCAGCUUUAGCUGAUGUAUCAUGGACCCAAUUUAACAUCAUCAUUUUGACAGUCAUCAUCAUUGUUGUGGUGCUGCUAAUGGGAUUUGUGGGGGCUGUAUAUAUGUACCGUGAGUACCAAAACCGGAAACUCAAUGCCCCCUUUUGGACCAUCGAGCUGAAAGAAGACAAUAUCAGUUUCAGCAGCUACCAUGACAGCAUUCCCAAUGCAGAUGUGUCAGGAUUGUUGGAAGAUGAUGUCAAUGAAGUGGCUCCCAAUGGGCAACUGACCCUGACGACUCCCAUACAUAACUACAAAGCCUAAGGAGCUAGAACUGUUUUCCUGAAUUGUUAAACCACAGUGCUUACUAAGACAGCAUCAGCCCCUGGGCCAGACAAAGCCUGGCUAGAGUUUGUUGAGAAAGCAAAGGCAAAUAGUGCAUCUGAAAUUUUCAGAUACAAAUUUGUAAUGUGCUUAGCCUAUCUAUUGCUCUUAGUUUUUCCAUGAAGAUCUGAAAUGUUCUCUGUCAUUAGGACUUGAAGUAAAGUAUAUUUUUGUACGAAACCACAUGGGAGUAUGGAAAGGCUGGACGCCACAGUGCAGCCCAAAUCCACUUUGACCUCCAGAUAGACUCCUGGGGAAGUGUUCACCAAGCCAGUGGUAACAAGAUGAUGGAUGUGGAGGGGGAAAGGACUGCUGGAAGACUUCAUCUCCAUUUCUGAAACUUUAAAAAAAAAAAAAAAACAACAGGGAUGAUACUCAUUUUGCUAUACAAAAGGACAUAAUUGAGGAAAAGCUGGUUUCUAGGCUGUAUCACAAUAAUCUUGAUUGUUUCUAGAGUAGGGGUAGAAAAGUCCCAAGAUCUUCUAAAGGGCUUGGUUUUUUCCUCCCAGGAUUCUUGCUCAGUGGUGAGAUAAGAGCACAGGAUGAGCUUCUAAUGGAGGAAGGCAGCACUGGGGAGCAGGAGGCUGAUGGUCCUCCUCAGGGUCUCAGUGUAAAUGACAAAUUGUCUAAAAAUAAGGAAGAUUCCUGCCUCUAGAGAAAUAAGUUGUACAUAGUUAAUGUAGCAUAUCUGGUCAACGUUGUAUUUGUAUCUAUUUGUAAAAAAAA